AUGGACGAGCAAGUGGCCGUGAGGGAUGGUGGCUGGUUGGAGCAAGAAGAAGAAGAAGUUGAAGAAGAAGAAGACGAUGAAGAAUCCUCUGUUCUUUCCCUGUCUCUCCUCUGUUUCCAUCUCAAUCCCCUCUCCUUCUGCACUCCACGACUCCAGGCCAGCCCCAGCGGCUCUCCAGCAGUAGCAGUUGCAGCUCUGCUCUACGCUCAGCCUCGAAGAGUUCCCCUGCUCCACGAACCAGCCACCACCAACACCACUCCAAGCCCUCUCCAGCUGAGGCAGCCAUCACUACAGGCGCGGUCCGCCACCAUCUCCGCCGGCCGCACCCGCACAGCAACCCAGCCAGCCACCACUGUCGUCAUCCCCCAGGGCCGUCGCUCCUCAGACUCCGUCGUGUUCGCCUCUCACCAUUCACCGUCACUGCUGUUUCUCCGUUCAUCACCAAUCUUGCAGCAGCACUCCAGCAGGUUAGCAUUCCGGCCACCAUCCUCACAGAACCAAUCCCGGCCACCACGGACUUCUGCAACCCCGACGACCUCCACCUCAGUCCCUGGCAAUGUAAAUCAGUACGAAAGCAGGAAUAUCAUUAAUGUUAAUUAUAAUUAUAUAAGUGGAGGGAGGAGGAAUGUUAACGUUAAGGAUUAUAGUAAUAAGGGGUAUAGUAGCAUCUGGUGUUUGAAAGGACAUGUGGUUCCACCGCCGGCGGUGCUGGAGAGGAUGCUCAACGGCGGUGUACCUACCGGCGAUCAACCCUCCUUCACUCCCAUCCCCAAAUCCAAAACCGUCACCAGAAAAGACUUCCCCCCUGAUUUCAAAUUUGGCUGCUCCACCUCUGCCCUCCAGACAAAGGGAGCAGGAGAUGAAGGAGGGAGAGGAGCUAGCACCUGGGAUAGCUUUAUCCAGGAUGGGACGGGAGAUAGAGAUAUUGCUGUUGAUUCCUACCAUUGCUACAAAGAUGAUGUACAAAUUUUGAAGAAGAUGGGGGUUGACACUUAUAGGCUCUCCAUCGCUUGGCCAAGGAUUCUCCCUGAUGGGACUGUGAGUGGCAGAAUAAACCAACAAGGCAUUGAUUUUUACAACAAUUUUAUUGCUAAACUAUUGAAAAAUGGUAAGAAACCAUUUGUGACACUCUUCCACUUUGACUUACCGCAAGCAUUGCAAAACAAGUACCGAGGCUUCUUGAGUAGUGAGAUUGUGGAUGACUUCAAAGCCUAUGCAGACCUCUGUUUCAAAACCUUUGGGGAAGUGAAGUACUGGACAACCAUCAAUGAGCCUCGAGUGUUUGGGCAGUAUGGCUACAAAGUUGGAAUGCCCUCUAACCCUAAUGCAAAUCCUGCAAGUCAAGGUGGAGAGAUUGAGAUAUCGCUGGUGACUCAAUGGUUUAUGGAGCCCAUGGUGUUUGGAGACUACCCAUUUAUAAUGAAAGCUCUAGUGAGAGAUGGGCUGCCAGUUUUUACAGAGGAGGAGAAGGAUUUGGUAAAAGGGUCUUUUGAUUUCAUAGGGAUCAAUUACUACACUUCCAGAUAUUCAGUCUCCCUCCCAUUAAACCCAGAUGAACACAACAGCCAAGACCAAUUCCAACGUGUUGAGUUCAAAGUGGACAGAAAUGGAAAGCCCAUUGGUCAACUGGCACCUGGGAGCGAUGCCAUUUAUGUGUACCCACAAGGGCUAAGAGAUGCUCUGAUAUAUAUAAACAAAGAGUACAAUAAUCCCAAAAUGUACGUCACUGAAAAUGGCUAUCCGGAGAAAAGAGACGACGCAAUCCCGAUCGAGACAGCCCUGCAAGACAAUGCCAAAAUUCAGCACAUUCUCAGCCAUCUAUAUGCAGUUUCAGAAGCCAGAGAGAAAGGUGCAGACGUUGAAGGGUACUUCAUGUGGGCUCUAAUGGACUGCAUGGAAAUGGGUUCGGGUUACACGGUCCGGUUCGGCCUUAACUAUACGGAUUACCUCAACAAUUUGAACCGGAUCCCUAAGAAGUUUGCAAAGUGGCUCAACUCAUUCUUGGGCGGUUCACCCAAGUGA